AUGCAGAGUUUGGUUUUUCGGGCUCCUGACGGGGUGACGUUGGGAUUGUUUUGGCGCGCGAAGAGUUUUCACUGGGGUGCAGCGUGGAAGAUGACGGUUUGCAGCCUGGAAAGGGAGGGUAAUGAUGCUGUGGCACGGGGCGCAAAGUCACUUUUUGCGGGGAGCCGGGUGCAGAGGUACAUGCGGGUGGCAGCGCGCCCCAAGCCUUCUGUAGCCUGGCGCCUGGCGGGCGCUGGGGGGGGCGACGUGCAGCUGCACUUUGGAGGGAGGGGCGCCUCAGCCACCUCACCUCACGCGCACCCACGCCUCACCUCACAAUCAGCGCACGUUGACGCUUGCGGCGAGGGGCGUCAUUGCACGUUGACGGGACUUGACUUGGGCAGGCCUGGAAUAGCCGCCACCCAGUGGUGGAGGAGCGCGCGCAGGCACCUGCAAACUUGA